ACCCUAGGGGGUCGAUUUUCGCGGCUAGGUGGAGGCGGAGUUGAAUCAUCCGAGAGACGGCGCUGACAAGAUCUUAUCACAGGAGGGUUUUGUCGACUUGAGCGUUUAUGAUUUAUGCCGAGAUUGCAGAGUAAAUCUUGAGUUAAGCGAUGGCGUACACAGCAAUGAAACCCGGCAAACCGGGGCUUGAGGAGUCUAGGGAGCAGGAGCACCGCAUCAGGAUCACCCUUUCUUCUAAGAACGUGAAGAAUCUUGAGAAGGUGUGUGCGGAUUUGGUGAAGGGAGCGAAAGAUAAGAGGCUUAAAGUUAAAGGACCUGUGAGGAUGCCGACCAAGGUACUCAACAUCACUACCAGGAAGUCUCCAUGUGGUGAAGGUACCAACACAUGGGAUCGUUUUGAGCUUCGGGUACACAAGAGGCUAAUAGAUCUUGUCAGCUCUUCUGAUGUGGUAAAGCAAAUUACCUCAAUUACCAUUGAACCUGGUGUUGAGGUUGAGGUGACGAUUGCUGAUCCGUGAAUCUAUCUACUUGGACUUGUAUUUAUCUGAAAAUCUUCCUUCUCCAAGAGAAUUUUAUUCCUUCGCUUGGUCUUGUUGUUCUGGUUGUCAGUGCGCAAUUUUGAAGAUUUUGAUUGACUAUUGCAUAAUGAAAAAAAAAAAAAAACAAUGCAGUGCUUAUAUUUUAUUGAAAUUUUCUUUAAAUGUUCCUGAUGUCCCAAAGUUGGCAUAUGAAGUUUAAAUGCUAGUGAUGUUAGUGAUUGAUAUU